AUGACGCCUGCAGCGGGAGAGGGAUGGGAAUACGCAUUCGGUUUCAGCAAGCGGUUCCACACUCCAAAGAAGGGUACUGACAACGUGCGCAGACGUCGGUGGCACCGAAAACUUGUUUCUGACGAUCCCAACUCGAUUGUGCCAGGACUCUUUCAACUUCCCCCACAAAGUGACGAACAAACUAACAUGGCAAGUCCGCGUUUGUAUAUCAAAUACGAAGCCGUUUUCCGUUAUUUCGCAGCUAAGCAAACGUGGCAACUAAACGCCUAUAUUUUCCAAGCUCGUGGACUCUUAGCAGCUGAUCAAUCAGGUUUGUCUGACCCUUACGCCCGUGUCUGUUUCAUUAACCAAUCGCAAAAAACGGAACGUCUGGAAAAAACUCUCAGCCCUCAGUGGGAUCAAACACUCAUUUUUGAAAAUAUCGUCAUCUAUGGCAACUCGGACGCUAUUGUGGACUCUCCUCCACGCGUAACGAUUGAGCUUUUCGACUGGGAUCAAAUUGGUUCAGAUUGUUUCCUUGGUCGCUGCAGUCUGACUCCCGAAGUUGUCACCGACCCCGCUGAGUUCAAAAAAGUCAUGCUUCAGUGGUAUCCCAUCAAGAAACAGGGCAAAGAUGGCGGAGAGCUCCUCGCUGCAUUUGAAUUGAUGCUAGUGAGUGCGCUUCUUUAA